UGCCUCUUACAUGACUUGUCGAUAUAAAUAUUGCACAAAAGAAUCCUGGGAAAACAAGCUGAAAUUCAUUUUCUGAAAAUUUCAAUUUCGCAAUAUACAAUUUCUAUCUGAACCUAGGAAUACGUUUAUUAUUGCGAUAUAUUAUGAUGGCGGACGAAAAAGACUUCCGUAUGACAGAAGAUGAGAAGUUUAAUCUCAUAACUAGGAACUUGCAGGAAACACUAGGAGAGGAUAAAAUCAAGGCAGUGCUAAAGGAGCGAGACUUGAAAGUGUACUGGGGUACUGCUACCACUGGGAGGCCUCAUGUGGGAUACUUUGUACCCAUGUGUAAAAUAUCAGAUUUUCUGAGAGCUGGGUGUGAGGUGACGAUUCUAUUUGCUGACCUCCACGCAUAUCUGGACAACAUGAAGGCGCCCUGGUCCCUGCUGGCAAAGAGGACCGAGUACUACGAGCACGUGAUCAAGGCUAUGCUCAAGUCCAUCAGCGUACCACUGGAGAAACUAAAGUUUGUCAAGGGCACGGACUACCAACUCAGCAGAGAGUACACACUGGAUGUGUACCGGAUGUCGUCAAUGGUGACGGAGCAUGACGCCAGGAAGGCAGGUGCCGAGGUUGUGAAGCAGGUGUCCAGUCCCCUUCUCAGUGGCUUACUGUACCCUGGUCUGCAGGCCCUGGAUGAGGAGUAUCUGGAUGUGGACGCCCAGUUUGGAGGUGUGGACCAGCGUAAGAUCUUCACUUUUGCAAAGAAGUACAUGCCACAACUGGGCUACAAAGAAAGGGCCCAUCUCAUGAACCCCAUGGUCCCUGGACUUACUGGUGGGAAAAUGAGUUCAUCGGAAGAAGACUCGAAAAUCGACCUACUGGACUCGAGUGCGCAACUGAAGAAGAAGCUCAAAAAAGCAUUCUGUGAGCCAGGAAAUGUGGAGGAAAAUGGCAUCUUGGCAUUCUGCAAAUCUGUGUUAUUCCCACUGUCCAAAACAGGAGAGUUUGUUGUGAAAAGAUCUGAAGAGCACGGUGGACCAGUAACCUUCGCUGAUUACAAGGCACUGGAAGAGGCAUUUGCAAAACAGGAGCUGCACCCAGGUGAUUUGAAAGCAGCAGUCGAGGCCUAUCUAAACUGUUUGCUGGAGCCCAUCAGGAAGGAGUUUGAUACCCCAGAGAUGAAACAACUCACAGCAGAAGCUUACCCAGUAGAAAAUAAAAGUGGAUCUAAAGACAAGUGACAAACUUGUUGCAGAAUGGCAGGGCAACACCAUGAUGACCAAGCUCAGUCAUGUGACGUGUGACUCAUUAAACACGCUCCUAUCUGCUAAGUUUUGCUGCAGAAGAACAGUCUCAUAAUCAUGGGUUCCUUGUUGAAAUACAUUUACGCAUAAACGUUGAGUUUUGUUGCUGCAAUAUUUUAACCAUUUACCACUUAAAAACGUGUUUUGACUCAUCUGUAGUCCUGUAGAAAGUUACAUUCAAUUAAAUACCUUUCUUACUUAGUUCAAUUUUUAAAGGCUUCUUUUUCAACGCUUAGAUUCUGAUGAGUCGCAAACAGCAUAAAACCUGAACAGACUGCGAGUUAUUCGCAGGCUGUUCUGGUUUUAUGCUGAUUGCACAUAGCCAUUUUCACUUUGCUUCUGAGUGGGAAAGGGUUAAUGUUAGGGUGUUAUCAAGUUCUAGUUUUUUAUUCUUAAUAUUGUGUUAUGAUUAAUGAACAAUGGUUGGUUUUAGUGAUUGCAGUGAACAGUGGCAUUUUGUCAGAUAUAUGUAUGUUAUUUAAUGAUUUUCUUUUGAUUUUCAUUAGUUACUAUUGUCAUUAGUAAUGAACAACAAUCCAUAUUGUUAGUCCACUGAAUACAUAUAGAUAAAAUGUGUUUGUUCCUAUGAUCCAUGCUUUGUGUAAUUGUGUAGAGGAAAUCAUUGUUUUGUCAUAUUUUCAAUCUUUCUCACACCAUGUUUGUUUUGACAGUUCUUUCGAGAUACGUAGCUCACUUGAUAAUUAAAUAUAUGUUAUAACUGGACCAUA